AAUGCAAUUUGUAGGAUUAAUAAAGUUUUCAUAUUCUUAUUUCUAUUUAUUCUUAUUUUUAUUCCCAUUCUUAUUUCCUUGAUUCCACCCCCUCCCUUCUCCUCCUCCUCCUAGGGAGGACCGUGACGGUCUCACCUGUUUUUUCACUUCUUACCUGAGACUCAGAGCAGCAACACACGUCUCUCACUAGAAUAAAGUACGUCACUUAGGUUCUCUGAACUCUGGAUUCGGUUUUGAUUCGGCUUGGUUUGUGAGAGCUAAAUCUGGAAGACGGGAUCUGAAAUCCUAAAUGAUAUAGUUUAGAACCAAGAGGAUCCAGUCCAAGAGAAAGACCAGGGCACGGAUCGAGACCAGGACCAGGGGGAUGUCCCGGGCGGAGGAGCGCGACGAAGCGGACUGCGUGUGCUCGGUCGGGAUGAAGCUGACGUGGGACAUCAAUGACCCAAAGCUUCCACAGGACGUGAAGCAGUUUGACCCGUUCCAGGAGUGGACCGAUGGUUAUGUUCGGUACAUCUAUGGAGCUGAGGACAAGAACGCUCAGAGACACCUGUCAGGCUGGGCCAUGCGCAACACCAACAACCACAACUGUCAGAUCCUGAAGAAGUCCUGUCUGGGGGUGGUGGUCUGCUCCCGGGGCUGCACGCUGCCUGAUGGGUCCAGGCUGCAGCUACGCCCGGCCAUCUGUGACAAAGCCCGGCAGAAACAGCAGAAGAAGCUGUGUCCGAGCUGCAACGCAGCCCUGGAGCUGCUGCCCUGCCGCGGCCACAGCGGGUACCCUGUUACUAACUUCUGGAGGGUGGAUGGAAAGGCCGUCUUCUUCCAGGCAAAGGGGGUCCACGAUCAUCCCAGACCAGAAUCGAAGUCUGAAACUGAAGCCAGGAGAAGCUCUGUGAAGAGAAGAGUGAGUUCACCUCCAUUCACGCCCAAGAGACGCCUCAUUGAAACACAGGCACUGGGUUCGGCGCUCCUCUCCUGUGUGGAACCAGCAGACAGAAUCUCUUUCCUUGAACCAAACUUCCCCCAACAUUAUCCUGCGUUCCAGAGCCCAGAGCCCUACUACAACCCCCACAAUGCCCUGGGAGAGGCCCCCUCCACGCUGCAGAAACCCUCCAACCCCCGGCUUUACAUGGGUCGCCCCGGUUACGAGUUCCAGGGGUACCUGACCCCAUCAUCUUAUCCGGUCACUCCUGACCUCUGUGACCCCAGGGUGGCUCCUGUCCUGGGUACCUCCACUUCGUCUUCAUCAUCAGCGCCUCUCUCAUCCGCCCCCUCCACCUUUGAGACCCAGUCGAAGCCCCCUCCGAGCUGGAAGGAGCUGUUGAAGUCCUCGGCGCCCUACACUGACAACCACCACUACUACAGCACAGAGUACCCCUGCCGUUACUCGGCCAACCCCCCAGGGUCUCCAGCAGCACUGCAGACCAUCAUCACCACCACCACCAAGGUCUCCUACCAACCUUGUCCGAAACCUCCAGCAGCACUUCCGCCCUACCAGUCCUGUCCCAAACCACCUGCUGGGCUCCAGUCCUACCAGAACUGUGCUCCUCCCAAACCUCCAGGUCUCCCUAGCUGCUCAUCACUGCUGGACGAUGGUUCCUCCUCGUAUUCCACUGAGGUCAAAGUAACGGAAGAGUCCGGUGGGGUCAUCAAGUCUCUGUCCUUUCAACCUGAAGCUUUACAGACAAAGACAGAACGGGCUGAUGGCUACGACUACCGCUACGCCUACCCCAACACCUACCGUUAUGAGGACUACUAAUGCAGCACUACCUCCAACACUACAGAGACAAACCUGGAUCCAAGAGGACUUGGGCCCAUUGGACCUUUGGUCCAGUCAUACUUGUUUUCAAGUGAAGGUUUUUGUUUUUGUUUUUUUUUCAAUUCUUCCUCUUACCAAGGAUAAAAAUGUACACUUUUAAAAAAAGGUCCCAAAAAUACCAAAACAAACUAAUGAACCUUCAGGACUUUGUGUUUGUUUGCAUAUUUAUUAAAUAGUUUAGAGCAGCUGAAUGAACUGGACCAAGAGUGGAAAGACAAAUGAUUGAAGCCGUGAUUUUGGUGGAAGAUGAAACGGUUUGUCUCACAUCAAAGGCUCCAAAGACACAUGCCCUUUUGCUCUAAGUCUACAAAUGUAUGUUCCAGAACCACAGGGCCACACUUUAAAUAUGAAUGUAAAUAAGUAAAAAUGGUAUAAACUCUAAAAUACGUCUGGAUCCUUAAUUGAAGCGUGUUACAUUUUUCAGAGAUUCAAUAAAAGAUAAUAAAAUAACAGCUAAAUAUGAACCUACUUCAAAGACACUUAAUUAAUAGAAAUAAAAAGUGUUUGGAGUUCGGCUGCAACCAAGCAGAAAGAAAACAUCCUAAACAAAUGGGAUUGUUGCUAUGGUGAUGAUUUAGUGAGCCGGCAGAGGUGUCCACAGGUUCACCAGCAUCUCCCUGAUGGUCGGAGGAUCAAAGGAGGGUGUUUGGACGUGGACGGCUUUCAGUCUGUAUGAGUAAUAGAUGUUAUUUUGACAGGAGCACGUCGGGACAGGACUCUCAGCUGUCCUCGCUGUGAACCUUAAAGCUGAUGAGCCUCCUCUCUGUCACUACCUUCGUCAUUACACUGGCCGUUCACCCAGACACAAGCAGCCACAUUUUUUUAAACUUUAUGUUAUGUGGGAAUUAAAGUGUGCUUACAGGUGAGUGUCCACUGUUAGGAGGUAUGACCCCCAGGUGAGCACCAGCAGAUGGUACUGUAGCAUGAGGCCAGAGCCCAGCUCACGCCGGCCGCCUAGGUGAGUUCUCACCUGAGCAGUAGCUGACGACUGAAUGAAUUCGUCUGCAAGGUCGUUGUAGGUAAAUCAAGAAGAAUACAAGGGAAUUUAGCGUGGGAGGUUGGAAGUGGACACAAUGUCAAGUCGGACAAUGAAGUAGAACUGACUAAACAGACUGAUGUGUGAAUUAACUGUGAAAACAGCAGAACAGAUGCAGAACUAGAAUGAAAUAAGGUAUAAUAAACAGACGCAUCGCAGGUGAUGAUGAUUGAUCAUCC